AUGUAUGACUCGAAUAUGUACAGCAGUCCCCUUUCUCUCCUGCAGUUGCCUGCAUCUGCGCUACCAGAAGUAUCCACCCGCUUGGCACAGUCGGGCAAUUCGAUUGCCCGGUUUUCCCAAGACGGGAAGUCACUUUCGGACUUGAGAAACCUGGUGCCAGAGGCUGACUUUCGUCAAGCGACCGAGGUGACUGUCGACGUCGGGUUCGUCUGCAAGAAGUGCCACAUGGUGUACCCAGCAGAGGUACUCUGCCUCAACCAUCAGCGGACAGCUUGCUUCCAGUCUAAACCCGUCGGAGAAAUUAAGGCAAUGUUGCGACUCGUUCAGUGUCACGUCGAGUGCCGGGCUUGCCGGGAGAGAUUCACCACCAUUGUCGAUUUCAAGUUCCACUGUGACAUGGACCGCCACAUCAAACGUGUUCAGAAGAUUCAACGAGAAGCUAAUGCAGUAGCUGGAGCCACAGCGGCUUCAGCUAAUGCUGGUCAAAACCAUUUUGAUGCUUUGGCCAACCGGAUGGCAGCCAAUGCCGCACUUCUCAACAAUAACAACAACAACAACAGCAACGUGUUCGCUAAUGACAAAUCAUCGGCCGCGAAUGAUGCUUUGGCAAAUAGGAUGGCGGCGAACGCGCUGCUCAACAACAGUAAUGUUUUCGGCGAAGGCAAUGCCGGAGACGUGCUGGCAAACCGCAUGGUGGCCAACGCUGUUAGCAACUCACUUCUGAACAAUAGCAAUACAUUCGACAGCAACGCAGCAGCGGCUGGAUUGUUGCAGGCCACUAGAAACGGGAUGAUGCCAGAUAUGGCGCAAUUAUUCUUUUCCGGAAUGGGCAUGGACUCAAUUCGGCUCGGAUUGGGUCUCGAACCUGACACUGGGGAAACAAAACAAAACAAAACGCAGGCAGUUGGUUGCAGCGUAGAUGCAGGAGUAUCCAUUUCCUAGGCUAAAGAGCUAGCCGAAAGGCUCUAAAAAUCGAAUUAUUAGUAAGAUAAUUGAAAUUAUGGUCUUUCAUAUAAAUGAUGCUUAGUCCCAUCAAGUUCCCACUGGGGCGAUGUUUUCUAAAUGAUUUUUUAAACAUGGUACAAGAAAAACAUCGCCAAUUUGGCUACUUAUCUGCCGAACAUUCCGUGGCAAUAAAUAAAGAAUACUCCGUGGCUGUGUCAUUUGGCGAGAUUUUAGUACAUACUUUUAAGAAUUACUACAUACAUAAAGCGUUCUGAUUAACUUGAAUGCAAGAAAUAUUUUUCAAUCUUUUGUUUUUAUCGGAGUUAAAAGUGUAUUAU